UCAUGAAUGAGGUAGCAUGUGCUCAGACGCGGGCUCAGACCUUUCUUCUCAUGGCGCUGAGCUGCGAGCGGGCCAUACACUGGCAUGAGGCUAUUGAAUAUUAUCGACAGCUGCUAAAAGUCCUGAGCAAAGAUAAGCUUCCUGAAGAAUAUGUUCCAGGACCUCUCUAUACACAGCUGCUGUUUGAAACCUGUUAUCAUCUUGGUAUAGCAUUUCAAAAACUAGAUUCACACCGCAAUGCUGUAGAAGAGUUUACUAAUGCAAUUGAAUUUGCCCAGGUCCCUAAGUAUGCCUGCCAAGUUGGCUGUGUUUCCAGAUCUUUCUUCCACACACCUGUGUUUGCAAGGAGAGCUUAUGCUUAUGUGAAAUGUGACAAAAUUAAAGAAGCAAUAAAAGAUGCUAAUAAAACUGUGGAGUUAGACCCUUCAAAUCCUGAUGUGUACUGCAUCAGAGCUCUUGUUUGGGGUUCAACAAAAGAAAAGAGAAGAGCCCUUGUUGAUUUAAAUAAUAGUUUGAAGCUGAAUUCAUCACACAUUUGCAGUUUGAUCUUAAGGGGAGCUAUUUUAAACUCUCUUACGGGUGUGACUUCUCCUAUGCACAAUAAAGACCACAGAAAGGCUUUUAGUCUCUGCCCGGAUAGUCAAAAAUUCUUUGAUGUGCAAGAUUUUAAUAGUCCUAAAAUGUCUUCUUUCUACGACAGCUGCUGGAACGGCCUUGGGUCAGCCAUAGUUCUGGCAGAGGUUGUCCUUGAAAGAGCAGGUGCAACUCCAAAUGGCAGAAUAUGCUCCAGGCUCAGACUGGCUCCCAGAAAUCACCACUGUUGUGGCAAGUUUCCACGAUACUUGUGGAGUCUAAAUGCUUUUCACACUGUCACUGAGGUCAACUUGUUUUCUGGAGCUGCAUUCCAUCCCAAGUUACCUUACUCACCAUACAGAUCUAGAAAACUGCCGGGAGUAGAUGGUAACCAAAGCAGGAUGAAGGAACCAUUCAGGUGUGGCUCUGUGACUGUGUAUCCCGAUGAAACCAGCUUAUUAAGAAGAAAAAUAUACUCCAAGUCAUUAAGAUCAGACUUAGACUGAAUGGUAAAUGCAUAGAUACUUAAUGAUAAAAUAACACCUGGAUGAUUUCUCUAAGA